AUGGUGCAAGGGGAAGGUGCUGAUCAGGCUGCUUUGGUGGUUCAUCAGGAACCACAGGAACCACCAGUGGUUCAUGAGGAAGUUCAGCAUGAAGUAGAAGAGCAACAGGAAGAAGAUGAGGAAGGAGAUGAGGAUGAGGCACAAGAUGAGGAAGAAGAAGAUGAAGAGGACGAGGAGGGUGAGCCUCAAGAAGAGCAGGUUCAAGGGGAAGUGUUUGAAGAAGAGGCAGGGGAUGAUGAUGAUGAGGGACAAGAAGUGGAUCCUGGGGAGUUUAAUGUAGAUUCCGAGGAUGAUUUUGGAGAUAACAUAUAUCAUUACUCUCCCGGGGAUUCCAAUGUAGAUUCGGAAGAUGGUAAAAAAAAACGUGAGCGAAAGCCUCUGAUUCAAGGUUCGUCGUCUUCGAUGAUUGAGGUGAAUGCCUGGGCAAAUAUUGUGUCAGCUAGCUGUGAAGGGGCAGAUUUUCAUUUUGUAUUUUCCGAGUGCUACCAUUCAAAUGGAAUUAUUAAUGUUCCAUUGGAUUUUGCUAGAGAGCAUUUUUGUAAACUUAGGAAAACGACUGAUGUUGUGAUGCGACUUUAUCAUACAGAGUUCAAAGCCAAAUUGAUGAUAAAGACUUACGAUGGAAGAAUGGUGCAAUGUUUUAUUAAGGAUGGAGUUGAUGCAAUGAUCGAUGAGUACGAAGUUCAGAUUGAUGAAGGUGCUGCAUGA